UUGAGCCCAGGAGGUAGAGGCUGCAGUGAGCUAUGAUCGUGCCACUGCACUCCAGCCUGGGCAACAGAGUGAGAUCCUGCCUUGAAGGAAAACACAAGAAAAACCUUUCUCCUAGUGGCAAACUCCUACACAUACUUGAAAGCCCAGCACAAAUGCCCCCUCUUCUGAGAAACCCUCCCUAACUCCUCUGGCACAGCCCUUGCCCCAAUUCUGGCCUGUCUCAGCCUCCCAUCCCUCCCUCUGGCCCAAGACUGACCCCACAGGGCUAGGGGAGUGCAUGGAUCCCCUGCCUGCCUCAGAUGGGGGGGUGGGGGGGUGGGGGGAGGCGGUGGGGGAUGUUCUCCAGAAGUGCCCAGCCCAGAGCCAUCUUUAUCCUGUAAUUCUUUUCACAUUGAUAAAUUCACCAACCCCCGCUCUGAUCUUCCUGUGCGUCUGGCCUGUGCUGGAAUCCCAGGGGAAGGGGUAGAUUUAGAGGUCUGGGCUGGGGUCCAAUCUGGAAGGCUCCUCACAACUGACCUUUGAAGUUUAGAAAACAGCCUCUAACGGGAAGAGGGAGGGAGAGGGGCGCGGUUGGUGGAAGCAUUGUGGUUGUCUUGGACUGUGGAGAGGCAGGCGGGGCGGGGUUGAGGGACCAGUAGCUGCGGAGGGUCUGUCACUCCCUGUGGGGGCACGUAUCUGGCCCCGGGAGGCACAGUUGAGUGAGGCCACACAGGCGACCCCAGAGCCCCGUCUUGCAGCCUUUCCAUUCUAGUGAGCGCGAGGGUCAGCGUUGCCUGCGAGAAGGGCUUGGUUCCUCGGGUCGACGGGGUCCGGGAUCGGAGUUCUAUUUCACUCAGGAUGGAAUUAAUCCAAGCAAGUUGGGCCGAGUUAGGAACAGGUUUAGAAUUAGGGUUAGGGUCACAGUAGGGUCAGGGGUCGGCAUUAAGGUCAAGGGCGCCCAGUGAGGGCGGGGAAAGCCUGGCCAGUCUGAUCCAGCCCCCUCCCUUCGUCCUGCUUCUUCCGUAUCCGCGCCCCCACGCCUGGCGCCCCAGCAUCCUUUCGCGUCGAGUCCCAGGCCCAUGAACUCCCGGGCGGGGCCACGCCCAAGUGCCCGCCCAUCGCCGCCUCCAGAGUGACGCCCUCUAUGCAAAUAAGCCUGUCACGCCCAAUCAGCUCCCGGGGGCAGGGCCGCCCGCUCCCAAGGCACCUGCGGCCGCGGGCCCCUGAUCUUCGUGCAGCCGCCGCGGGUCCGUGCGCCCAGCGUCCCAGGGCUCAGGCCGAGCAGACAGAGAUCGCUCCACUCAGCCUGGGACGAUGGGGAGGAAAAAAAUCCAGAUCUCCCGUAUCCUGGACCAAAGGAAUCGGCAGGUAACGUUCACCAAGCGGAAGUUCGGGCUGAUGAAGAAGGCCUAUGAGCUGAGCGUGCUCUGCGACUGUGAGAUAGCCCUCAUCAUCUUCAACAGCGCCAACCGCCUCUUCCAGUACGCCAGCACGGACAUGGACCGCGUGCUGCUGAAGUACACGGAGUACAGCGAGCCCCACGAGAGCCGCACCAACACUGAUAUCCUCGAGACGCUGAAGCGGAGGGGCAUUGGCCUCGAUGGGCCAGAACUGGAGCCAGAUGAAGGGCCUGAGGAGCCAGGAGAGAAGUUUCGGAGGCUGGGAGGCGAAGGGGGUGAUCCAGCCUUGCCCCGACCCCGGCUGUAUCCUGCAGCUCCUGCUAUGCCCAGCCCAGACAUGGUGUACGGGGCCCUGCCGCCACCAAGCUGUGACCCCAGUGGGCUUGGGGAGGCACUGCCCGCCCAGAGCCGCCCAUCUCCCUUCCGACCAGCAGCCCCCAAAGCCGGGCCCCCAGGCCUGGUGCACCCUCUCUUCUCACCAACCCACCUCACGAGCAAGACACCACCCCCAUUGUACCUGCCGACGGAAGGGCGGAGGCCAGACCUACCUGGUGGCCUGGCUGGGCCCCGAGGGGGACUAAACACCUCCAGAAGCCUCUACAGUGGCCUGCAGAGCCCCUGCUCCACUGCAACCCCUGGACCCCCGCUGGGGAGCUUCCCCUUCCUCCCGGCAGGCCCCGCAGGUACACCCCCUAACCCGCCCCGCCCCGCCCCGCCUGGGAAGCGUCCGUACUCCUGCCCUCUGGGAGUUCCACACUCUCCCACCCACCAGAACUCAAAACUCACUGGGGGUGGUCAGGUUUGCAAAAGGCUUAAGGAGAGGUCCAGGCCUCAGCCCCCAAUUCCUGCCCACCAGAAUAUGGCCUGGGAGACCCUCCACCGCCCCCUGGCUUGUUGCAGCCCCCAACCCUGGCCCCCUGGCAGCCCUCGAGGGGUGAUGGGCCCCCCGCCGUGCCCUCCCAGCCCAGUGGGGGCCGAAGCCUGGGCGAGGAGGGCCCCCCAACCCGCGGCGCCUCCCCGCCGACACCCCCAGUCAGCAUCAAGUCCGAGCGCCUCUCUCCGGCCCCCGGGGGCCCCGGCGACUUUCCUAAGACCUUCCCCUACCCCUUGCUCCUCGCCCGGUCCCUGGCAGAGCCUCUGCGGCCCGGGCCCGCCCUGCGCCGGCUGCCCUUGGCCGACGGCUGGCCCCGGUAGGAGACCCCUGGUGGCACAGGCCCAGGGUUCUCGCCCGGCACGGCGAGGGCACGUGGGGACCCCACCUCCCUCCAGGCCUCUUCAGAGAAGACUCAACAGUGACGGCCCCCUCCGCGGUGGGGGCUUGGACUCAAUCCACCCUGGGGGGACUCCUUUCCUUCUUCCUCUUUGUGUGUAUACCUAAAAAUAAAACACGCGUGGCGUCCGUGGACCAGA